AGUGUCAAAACCUCGUUUAAUUUUCCUUGUGUAUUUCUUGUUAUAUUUUUGCGAAUAAUAACAUUUAGCAACUCGUGGUAUUUGUAGAAGAUCGAAAAAAAAUGCACGAUGGUGUUCAUCUGCAUAAUUUGCAUGAUCAAACAGCCGCCUUUGACACCACUGAGCGACGAACACAGACAGUUACUUGAAGUUAUUGUAUCUCCAGUUACAAAUACGACGGAGCUAAAAGGCUAUCAAUGGCUGCACUGCAGCGAUUGCGAGGUGUUGAUGCGGGCAGUUCACAAUUUCCAGCAAACUGCGCUCAAGGGUGUGAAGGCUUUUAAAUAUUUGCUGAGUAAAAACGAACCAGCUAUUACGCAAACUACACUUGUGACACCGAUUCUAGAAGCAAAACCGGAGCCAAUCACAAUCAAAACUGAACCAGGAAUUAACCCCCCCACAACCAACCAGGAGAAAAGCUUUUGCGAAGAAGUUAAUUUUAAUAUAAAAAUUGAGACUGACAGUAACUCAGAUUCCACCAUGAGUUGUGAUGGCGACAGCGAUUUGGAUCCGGAUCCUACCCGUCAGAGUAUUAAAGAGUCCACCGAUCCAUUAAGGGAAUCUACUUCACUGUCGAAAAAAAUAUUGAGACCGAUGAAAGUUAUUACUGAACCGGUAUCGCAAAAUGUAGUAAAGAAGGUUCCGGUUAUUCUACAAAAUGCCUCGAAUAGUCAAGUGAGGGUGUAUUCUAAAAAGCCGGACUCAAAUCACCCAAAACCACAAAUAUCAAAAGUUGUAAUAAUAGUACCACCAAAGAAUGUACCGUCAGCAAAAGAUCCACCGUCAGCAAAAGUGUCCACAAUAACGCGCCCGAUAUCAAAGGCAAUGGUGGCCGAAAAUGCGGCUAAGGUGCCGAAACGAGAUAGUUCUGAGGCAGGGGCGGGGCAAGAGGGUGGAUUCGAAUUUUUCCCUGGGUUUGCGCGCGCCCUUGAAGACUACAAGUUAGAGAGAGAACGAGCUAAGAAGAAGAAGUACAAGAGGAAGCAGGGUCCGCGCGUGACCUGUCCACACUGCAACAAGUCCUUGAAGGACAAACAAGUCCUCAAAUUGCAUAUCGCUAUGAUCCACGGUGAAGCCAAGCCUGUCGCAUGCGAGGUUUGCGGGAAAGUUUGUCGCAACGAUUUUACCCUCAAGUGGCACCACAAGAACAAACAUAAAAAGGAAAUAAAUACCUUGGAGGAUUUGAAGCCGGACUUGUAUUGCAAGCAGUGUGAAGUACAGUUUCCCUCACAGAGCGCUCUCAAGCAGCACCUAUUGGGUCUCAAGCACACGCCGCGGGAGCAAUAUACCUUCGUGUGUGAGACGUGCAAUAGAAGGUUCCCGACACAGAGCCGGCGAGAGUUGCACGUCAACGUCGUGCAUCUCAACAAGAAACAGCACAAAUGCUCGACGUGCGGCAAGCGGUACGCGAAGGCGUCGCAGCUGCGGCGUCACGUCGCAACUGCGCACGAAGACGCCCCCAAGCGGCGCCCGCACGUCUGUCAUCUCUGCGGGAAGUCAUUCACGGUCAUAAAGAGUCUGAGAGAGCACCUGCUGUCCCACCAAGGAAUCCGGCCGUUCCAGUGCAAACUCUGCCCGGCUACAUUCUCAUACUCCGCCGCGCUUUAUACCCACAACAGACUCAAACACCUCAAGAUGAAGUGGAAAAAGAAAAAAACUGAAAAGGAUGAAGGAAACGUGGAAAAGGGAGUGGAGAAAGAAAAUGAAGCGGAGGAGGGAAAUGAAGCGGGAAAAGGAGUGGAGGGAAAUGAUGCAGAAAAAGGAGCACAGUCUAUAGAUAUUGAUCAGUUUUUCAAUAAAACGGUGUAA